CAAGGCAGCUGCAAGGGGCGACGAACAGUCGGGGUUGAGCCCCGAGUGAGCUGAGGGCUCGCGCUCCUCUAGUCUCUCGGGCCUGCCCCACCUGAAGAAAUGAGUGGUGGAUUGGCCCCAAGUAAAAGCACAGUGUGUGUAUCCAACCUGCCCUUUUCCCUGACCAACAAUGACUUAUACCGGGUAUUUUCCAAGUAUGGCAAAGUUGUAAAGGUUACUAUAAUGAAAGAUAAAGAUACCAGGAAGAGUAAAGGGGUUGAAUUUAGUUUAUUUUUGGAUAAAGACUCUGCACAAAACUGUACCAGGGCAAUAAACAACAAACAGUUAUUCGGUAGAGUGAUAAAAGCAAGCAUUGCUGUUGACAAUGGAAGAGCAGCUGAGUUCAUCCGAAGACGAAACUACUUUGAUAAAUUUAAGUGUUAUGAAUGUGGGGAAAGUGGACACUUAAGUUAUGCCUGUCCUAAAAAUAUGCUUGGAGAACGUGAACCUCCAAAGAAGAAAGAGAAAAAGAAAAAAAAGAAAAUUCCUGAACCAAAAGAAGAAAUUGUAGAAGUAGAAGAAAGUGCUGAUGAAGGGGAAGAUCCCACUCUUGUCAGCCUCAGUCAGGCCACAGCUUUCCAGCAAGCCACAAUGGAAACCCAGUUCAGGGGGUCCCUCAACAUCAGAUGA